CGAUUUUUAUUAUGUGGAUGUAAUGUUUCCACGUGUCACAUGAUAAUUCGAUAAAACAAACUGUACCUUCUCUGUCCGACUGGGCAUGACAGAUCAUCGAAGCAAAUCAAAUACCCAACUCUCACACGUUCUCAAACUUUAGUUCUCCCUAAAACAAAACUUCAAAGAGAGAGAGUUUUUUUUCUGAACUCAAGAAAGAAAAAAAAAAAAGAGUAGUUAAUGGGAUUCGGCUUAGAGAGUAUCAAAUCAAUCUCCGGCGGGUGGGGCGCGGCGGCGCGUUCCUGUGACGCUUGUAAAUCAGUAACCGCCGCCGUGUUCUGUCGACUUGACUCAGCUUUCUUAUGCAUAUCAUGUGACACAAGAAUCCAUUCCUUCACUCGCCACGAGCGCGUGUGGGUUUGUGAUGUUUGCGAACAAGCUCCCGCCGCCGUCACUUGCAAAGCCGACGCCGCCGCUCUUUGCGUCACUUGUGAUUCCGAUAUUCACUCAGCUAAUCCACUCGCUAGCCGUCACGAACGUGUUCCCGUAGAGUCUUUCUUCGACUCAGCUGAAACCGCCGUCGCCAAAAUCUCUCCUUCUUCGACUUUUGGAAUCCUUGGCUCAUCCACCACCGUGGAUUUAACCGCUGUUCCGGUUAUGGGUGAUGAUCUCGGUUUAUGUCCGUGGUUACUUCCUAAUGAUUUCAACGAACCGGCUAAAAUCGAAAUCGGAACUGAAAACAUGAACAGUUCUUCUGAGUUUAUGUUUGCUGAUUUCGAUCGUCUUAUAGAUUUCGAGUUUCCGAAUUCGUUCAAUCAUCCGUCGAAUAACGACGCCGGUGGUGAUAGUCUUGUUCCGGUUCAGACGAAAACAGAGCCUCUUCCGUUAACUAACAAUGAUCAUUGCUUCGAUAUAGAUUUCUGCAGAUCAAAGCUCUCUGCUUUCACUUACCCUUCUCAAUCAGUUAGCCACAGUGUUUCGACUUCGUCUAUUGAAUACGGUGUUGUUCCUGACGGAAACACAAACAACUCUGUUUCUGAAAUCUCAAUUCCGUUUAACCGGAGCAUGAUCACUACCUCGACGGCGGCGAGUACUGGUGAUCAUCAAACGAGCUCCAUGGAUAGAGAAGCUAGGGUUUUGAGGUACAGAGAGAAGAGAAAGAACAGGAAGUUUGAGAAGACGAUUCGUUACGCUUCGAGGAAAGCUUAUGCAGAGUCACGGCCAAGGAUCAAAGGCCGGUUUGCGAAAAGAACAGAGACAGAAAACGACGACGUUUUCCUUAGUCAUGUUUAUGCUUCAGCCGCCACACAGUACGGUGUCGUACCAACGUUCUGAAUUCGAAUCUACGGUGGAUAAAGAAUCAACUUGAAGACUUCCCAUCUAUCACCGUCGAUUUACCGUGGGUGUAUAAUAAGUUUAGUGAGUCUUACCCUAGACAAACAAUCUUAUCCUUUUUACCCGUUUACUUUUUUUACGCUCUCUCUCACUGCCACUAUAAAGGCGGUAACUUUUUUUUUUUUUCUUUCUCUUCUAUAAAUAUGUAUGCUUAUUUUUAUUUAGAAAAUGUUAUAAAAUCAUAUAAUUUGGUAUAAUUUCUAUUGGCUGAU